UUUACUUCCCAGUUUCCACCCACAGCAAAACCCAAGGCUCUAAAAGAAAAAGCGCAAAUUCCCAACCAUUUUACAAAAUUCAGAUUUUAAGAGAGAGAGAGAGAGAGAGAGAGGAAUGCCUUCGAUGGUGGAGCUAGCUUCGUCUUCUCAGGAUGGUCGCGAGGAGUCCAAAGGUGAGCAGUUCGAUCUGGUUGAUCUAACGGCUAAGAAUUUGUCACUUCCUUCGGAGACUUUACUGAGAGCGGCGGUGACUCUUAAAGACCAGGUCGUGCAAUUGUCGUGGAAAGAAGGACUUGGUUCGGGUUCGGGUUCGGGUAAGAGCUUGGACCCGAGUGUGUAUUCGGGUGUUCUUGGGACGGCUUUCUCCUGCCUGAGGGCGUACGAGGCCACCGGUAAUCAGCAGGACUUGACGUUGUGCGCCGAGAUUGUAGACACGUGUGCCGAAGCCGCACGUGGCUCCACCAGGCAUGUGACGUUUUUGUGUGGUAGAGGGGGAAUUUAUGCCCUUGGAGCUGUGGUGGCUAAUUAUAUGGGGAACCAACAAAGGCGUGACUUGUAUUUGAAUCUCUUCCUUGAGGUAGCGCAAGAAAGGGCCCUUCCUGUUGGACCAGAGGAAGGUGGUUUUGGAAUGUCAUAUGACCUCCUUUAUGGACGAUCUGGGUUUCUAUGGGGAGCAUUGUUCAUUAGCAAAUAUAUUGGUGAAAAUAAGCUACCUAGUGAUCUUCUCACAUCUAUUGUUGAUGCUGUGCUGGCUGGGGGCAGGGCAGGGGCAUCUGAUAAAACUUCCUGCCCACUGAUGUACAGAUGGCACGGGACUAGGUACUGGGGUGCAGCCAAUGGUCUGGCCGGAAUUCUGCAUGUGCUACUUCACUUUCCUCUAUCUGAAGAGAAUGCUGAGGAUGUCAAGGGGACUUUAAGAUACAUGAUGAGUAACAGGUUCCCUCAUAGUGGAAAUUACCCCUCAAGUGAGGGAAACCCAAGGGACAAGUUGGUACAGUGGUCUCAUGGUGCAACUGGCAUGGCUAUCACCCUCUGCAAGGCAUCACAGGUGUUUCCAAAUGAUAGAGAAUUCCGUGAUGCUGCAAUUGAAGCAGGAGAAGUUGUAUGGAAGAAUGGGUUGGUGAAGAAGGUAGGACUUGCUGAUGGAGUUGCUGGCAAUGCCUAUGCUUUCCUUUCCCUCUAUCGACUCACAGGGGAGAGCGUAUACGAAGAGAGGGCAAAGGCAUUUGCAAGCUUCUUAUAUCACAAUGCUAGAAAGCUCGUAAACAUGGGGAAUACUCGUGGUGCUGCUGACCAUGCCAUUACUUGCUCCCUUUUUCAAGGACUUGCAGGAACAGUUUGCCUUUGGUUUGAUCUGCUUGCACCUGAACGGUCCAGGUUCCCAGGUUAUGAACUAUAGACAGCAAUCGACAGCAGUGAGAGUUGACAGUUUAUUGAUAUAUAAUAUAUAAUCUCUAUCCUAACAUAUUUGUAUGCAUGUGUAUAUCAAUAUGUACUUAUUUGAGAGCAUUGCGGGGGUCUACUUUUCCAAUGUUUUAAUGGUUGCCUCAGCCACAGCCACCAUGAGAUGAGUUGGCUUCUUGUAUGAAACAGACGUUGUUAAAAAUAUAUUUGCACUUCAGAUAAAACCAAAGCAAAUCAUGUCUUAUGAAUUGCUUCAAUUAAGAAGCGAAAAUAAUGGAAAUUAUAGAAAUUAGCAUAGUGUUCCAA